CCCGGAAGAGGAAGAACAAGAGUGGACGGCAGAGACGGGAACGGGGAGGAAUUAUCGCUGUUUCUUUUGUUAUUUCGUAAACGUGUUAAUUAACUAGCCGGGUAUCGCCAGUGGUGCACGUCCAGGGGGAUUUAGCGUCGUCGAUAAAGAUGUCGGUCGUACCUCCCAGCCGCUCGGCCACCGGCUGGCCGCGUCGCGGAGACCAGUUCGGGAGCAAGUACAUCAGCGGGCCCGCCAAGCCGCUCACGCUGGAGAGGACCAUCAACCUAUAUCCUCUCACCAACUACACGUUUGGGACCAAGGAGCCUCUGUAUGAGAAGGAUGGCUCUGUGGCUGCCAGGUUCCAGCGGAUGCGGGAAGAGUUUGAUAAGAUGGGCAUGCGCAGGACAGUGGAGGGUGUUCUCAUUGUCCACGAACACAGGUUGCCCCAUGUGUUACUACUGCAGCUGGGCACAACUUUCUUCAAACUGCCUGGUGGAGAGUUAAAUCCAGGAGAAGAUGAGGUGGAGGGUCUAAAACGCUUGAUGACUGAGAUCCUCGGACGUCAGGAUGGAGUGAAGCAGGACUGGGUGAUUGAUGAUUGUAUCGGCAACUGGUGGCGCCCCAACUUUGAGCCUCCCCAGUAUCCUUAUAUUCCAGCUCACAUCACCAAACCUAAAGAGCAUAAAAAACUGUUCCUGGUUCAGCUGCAGGAAAAAGCACUGUUUGCUGUUCCCAAGAACUACAAACUGGUGGCAGCACCGUUGUUUGAACUCUACGACAAUGCUCCUGGAUACGGACCAAUCAUAUCCAGUCUGCCUCAACUGUUGAGCAGGUUCAACUUCAUCUACAACUAACCCGAGUGAGCAGAAGUGUGUUUGGCUGUCUCUGUGAGCGCAGCCAGAAACAUGGUGAAGAGAAGGACUUUCACCUCUGGCUCAACUUUUACAAAAGAAAAGCUUGUCGUGUCAGACAUACUGAGAGUCCACAGGGGUGUUUAUACUGUUGUCACAAGAAAAUGAAAACUUCAUGUCUGAUUUUUCUUUUCCUUUUUUUUUUUUUUUUUUUUUAACUUGAGAAACUGCAGCUUUUGUAGUGUGCAGGUGUGUAUUCCAGUGUGUGUGGGAACUUGAUUUUAUGUUUGCGUAAAGGAUGCCAAUGUUUAAUUAAACAAAAUAUUACAGUGCAUUUCCUGUUGUUUUAACAUGUAACAGUGCUGUUUUUCUUUUUAAUAAAGCAGUCUUUUGCGAAUGUUUUUUAUAAAAUUCAAA